AUGAAAAUAUACACAAACAAUAAUAAUACUUCGACGCUGAAAUUGUUAAUUGCGGCAAAUUUAGCUGGGAAAAAGUUAGAAUUGCAAAAAUCUACAUUUGAAGACCAAUUUUCAGGUCCAAAAUGCCUUCCAUUGCUUGAAGUUGAUGAAGAACUAACAUUUUUCUCAAGUAACGCAGCAGUACAGUACCUAUUCCCUAUUCUGGACCUUUCUAAGAAUGGGCAGUGCCAACAAAUGCAAGAGUGGGAGGCAACUCGUCUACAACCAGCCGUAGCAAAUGUACUGUCAGCAAAAACUGUUCCUGCAGAUGUAAAACAAGUUUUGCAAUCCCUUGUUCUUGUGUUGAAUGAAUUGUUGAAGAAACAUAAAUAUAUUAUAGGGGAUAAGCUUUCAGCAGCAGAUAUAUCAAUAUGGAGUACACUAUAUCCUCUACUAUAUAAUGAAGAAUCAAAAUCAUAUUUAUCUGAGUGUUCUUAUAUCCUUCAAUGGGCUGAAGAACUGAAUAAAGCUAAAGCUUUUCAGGAAGCAGUGAAGCAAUGGGGUGGAAAUCCUAAAGGUCCAUUUAGUAACAUCUCAGCAUUGGGCACUCCACAAAUUACUAAUUUGCCUACGCCUGCAGGAUCGCCAGAUGAUUCCGUUCCCGUCAGCGUAUCACAGGAAGAGGCAGAUUUAGCUCAAGAAAACUGGUUAAACGGAUUGAAGAACCUACAAGCUCCCAUUAAACAAGAGAAAUUAGUGUUGCCAGUUAAAGGACGCAAAAAUGUACUUAUAACAUCAGCGUUGCCAUAUGUAAAUAAUAUCCCGCAUUUGGGGAAUAUAAUUGGUUGUGUGCUCUCAGCUGAUAUAUUUGCAAGGUAUUGUCGUCUAUGUGAUUACAACACCCUAUAUAUAAGUGGUACGGAUGAAUAUGGGACUGCGACUGAAACAAAGGCCCUUGAAGAAGGGGUAACUCCACGACAAAUAUGCGAUAAAUACUAUGAAAUCCACAAUUCAGUUUAUCGCUGGUUUAAUAUUGGGUUCGACUAUUUUGGACGGACAAGCACGCCUGAACAGACACAAAUAGUACAAAAGUUAUUUUUAAAAGUCUUGGACAAUGGCUUCAUGAGCACGCAGUCGGUUGAGCAAUUGUUCUGCGAGAAGUGCGAGAGGUUCCUGGCAGAUAGAUUUGUUGAAGGAACAUGUCCACACCCUGGCUGCGCGUACGAUGGUGCACGCGGUGAUCAAUGUGAUAAAUGCGGGAAAUUGAUUAAUGCGAUCGAAUUAAUCGAACCAAAGUGUAAAGUGUGUGCGCACAGACCAACUGUCAGACCUAGUGAACAGCUGUUUAUUGAAUUGGGACAGUUGGAGCCGUCAAUCCGUUCGUGGAUAUCGUCGGUGGAAGGUAAUUGGUCGGGGCCAGCGCGGGCUGUGUCGCGGGCCUGGUUAAGGGAAGGGCUGCGAGCGAGGGCUGUUACGCGGGAUCUCAAGUGGGGCGUGCCUGUACCGCUUGAGAAGUAUAAACAUAAGGUAUUCUACGUGUGGUUCGACGCGCCAGUAGGCUACACUAGCAUAACACAAUGUGCUACUAAACAAUACGAGAAAUGGUGGAAGCCGGAUAAAGAUUAUGAUGUAAAAUUGUACCAAUUCAUGGCGAAAGACAACGUUCCAUUCCACGCUAUAAUGUUCCCGGCUAGCGUUAUUGGCGCGAACGAAGGUCACAAGCUUGUGGACUAUAUAUUUGCUACUGAAUAUUUGAACUAUGAAGAAGGCAAAUUUUCCAAAUCCCGUGGCGUCGGUGUUUUCGGUACAGAUGCACAGGAAACCGGAAUCCCAUCGGAUGUAUGGCGUUUCUAUUUGGCCAGUAUUCGACCUGAAACGUCUGAUUCGAGCUUCAAUUGGACCGAACUAUGUACUAGAAAUAAUUCAGAAUUACUAAACAAUCUCGGUAACUUCUGCCACCGGUCACUCAGUUUCUGUGCGAAUACCUUCAAAGGGAAGAUCCCAGAGAUGUCAUUUUCAAACACAGAUUAUGUGUUAUUUGCGCUUGUCAACAGAGAAGUUGUUGCGUACGUACAAAAUAUGGAAAAAGGCCGUCUUCGAGAAGCGCUCAGGCAUGUCAUGAGUGUAUCUCGACUUGGGAACCAACACAUGCAGAGCGAACAGCCCUGGGUCCUGCUUAAGGGAUCUCCGGAAGAAAAAAUUCGUGGUUCGACUGCGAUAGCUGUUUGUUGUCAAUUGGUGGCGCUAUUGUGCACUUUGAUAGCGCCAUAUAUGCCUGACACCAGCCGAAAGCUGAAGGCCCAGCUUAACUUGCCUGAUACCAGCUUCAGGAUCAACCCCACGAAUCCCGCAUUAUUCCAAUACAUUCCCACGGGACAUGUAAUUGGCAAGCCGGAGCCGCUUUUCGCCAAAAUAGAGCAGGAGUUAGUGGACACAAUGAGGGCCAAAUAUGCUGGGACUCAAGCUGAAAGAGCUAAGCAAAACGGUGAUGUGAAAACUGGCGCCUCUACAAAUGUUGGUGAUUUGGAACAAGCCAUCGCUGCGCAGGGUGAGAAAGUGCGUCAGUUAAAAGCGUCCACAAAAGACAAGGCAGUGUGGCAACCGGAAGUGAAUAAACUUCUCGAGUUAAAGAAGCAACUGACGGCUGCCCAAAGUCAGCCUGUGUCGGAUAUUGCCAGUCUCGAAAAAGCUGUCGCUGAACAGGGAGAAAAGGUAAGAAAAUUGAAAGCGUCCACUAAAGAUAAGACAGUGUGGCAACCGGAAGUGAACAAAUUGCUAGAAUUGAAAAAGCAAAUGGCGACCGCUCAGUCGAUUGUAGCAACACCCGCUAAUGUUGCCAGCUUGGAAAAAGCAAUCGCUGAACAGGGUGACAAAGUACGAAAACUAAAAGCUUCGACAAAAGACAAGACAGUUUGGCAACAGGAAGUCAACGUGUUGCUAGAUCUCAAAAAACAACUCGCUGCGGCGCAAGCUAAAUAA